AUGCAGCGGGUGUGUGCGCUCUGCAGGACACGGCUACUCUCGAGGACCUUGCCAGCGACGCGCGCGGCUCUCCCAUCGACCUCGUCGCUCCACACCGCUUCCUCAUCAACCUCGGCACCGUCAUCGCACGCGCUGCAGCCGUCCAGAGGACUACGAACAGCUGCGACACUCCCCUACACACCCCUGCACACCGCCGCGCAUCGCCCGACCGCAACUCGCCGCUCUCCCGUCGCCGUUCUCUCGCCUCAGCCACUCCAGCGACGAGGAAUCGCAUGUCCCGCCGAGCCGCCCGCGAAUCCGCCUGAAGACUUUGAACCGGUCGAGGAGGAGCUGGCGGAGGGCGAGACGCUCGAGAUGCACUUGACGGACGCGGCAAUCAAGCAAAUCGAGCGGGCGCAACAGGCGGCGAAGGACGACAAGCUCGCGCUCCGGCUAGCGGUCGAGAGCGGCGGCUGCCACGGCUACCAAUACAAGAUGCAGGUGACGAGCAAGCGGGAAGACGACGACUACCUCUUCCGCCCACCAACAGACACCCAUGCCGCCCUCAUCGUCGACUCUGCCUCCCUCCCGCUCGUCAAAGGCUCGACGAUCGACUACUCGACCGAGCUAAUCGGUAGCGCAUUCAAGAUUCGCAACAAUCCGCAGAGCAAGGAUGCUGGGUGUUGGGAGCUCAAGGAUAUCUAG